AUGGAGGACUAUGCGCCAAGUCGCUAUAAAAUGCUCGAGAAAAUCGGCGAAGGAGUCCAUGGCUGCGUGUUUAAGGCCAUCGAUUUGCAGCGCAACAAGGAGGUGGCCAUCAAAAAGGUGGCCCUCAAGAACAAAUUCGGUAAUAUAGCUCUAAAUACGUUAAGGGAAAUCAAGACCCUGCAGCUCUGCAAGUCAGAAUAUAUUUUGGGUAUCAUCGACAUAUAUCCCGACCUGACUGGCCUCUCCUUGGUGCUGGAAUACCAGCCGGACACCCUAUACAAUCGCCUCAAGAGCGAGGUGAAUCCCCUGAGCCGCCAGCAGGUGCGAAAGUUCGCCCACCAAAUGCUCAAGGGCAUCGCCUAUCUCCACGAGGCGGGUCUGAUGCACCGGGACAUAAAGCCAGCCAACCUGCUGAUAAGCGAUGCGGACAUGCUCAAGAUAGCCGACUUUGGACUGGCCCGUCUGUACUUCCCCGAGGAAGAGGCGCGUCUGUAUUCCCCGCAGGUGUCUACGCGGUGGUAUCGAGCUCCGGAGAUUCUCUGGGGCAGUCAGAAGUACGGAACCGGGGUGGAUAUGUGGGCUGCAGGUUGCGUGGUGGCUGAGAUGCUUCGAGGAGUGCCUUUGUUUGCAGGGACCACUGAUAUCGAGCAGUUGGCCAUUAUAAUCCGAACUUUGGGCACUCCACGUUUAAAUCAAUGGCCGGAGUUAACUUCCCUGCCGGAUUACAGCAAGAUACGCUUUCCAAAUUCCGUGGGCAUCCAUUGGGACAACUUGUUUCCAAGCUGCACCCAUGCGGUGGAAAUCAAUCUGGUCUCAAAUCUAGUUGUUUACAAUCCCAAAAACCGACUCAAAGCCAGUGAGGUAGGUUAUUUUAUAAGAUAUAAACUGGUUCACACUUUACAAUCGUAUAUAUUUUAG